AUGGAGACGGCAGCGGGCGGCGAGCGCCGCAGCCCCCCGGGCCCCGUCGCCCCGCCGCGCACCCGGGGCCACGCGCCCUUGGCCGCCGCCCCCGGCCCGCGGAGCCCCCCGGCGCGCGAGCCGCCGCAGCCCGAGGAGGGGCAGCAGCUGCGGAUCAGCCAGAGCGGCCAGCUCAGCGACGGGCUGGAGGACCGAGGCUUGCUAGAAAGCAGCACCCGACUGAAACCUCACGAAGCCCAGGACUACAGGAAGAAGGCCUUGUGGGUCUCCUGGUUCUCCAUUGUCGUGACGCUGGCCCUGGCCGUGGCCGCCUUCACUGUCUCCGUUAUGAGGUACAGCGCCUCUGCUUUUGGGUUUGCAUUUGAUGCCGUCCUCGACGUCCUGUCAUCGGCGAUCGUCCUGUGGCGCUACAGCAACGCGGCCGCUGUGCACUCUGCCCACAGGGAGUACCUAGCCUGUGUCAUCUUGGGGGUGAUCUUCCUUCUGUCGUCCAUGUGUAUAGUGAUCAAAGCCAUCCACGACCUCUCAAUUAAGCUGCUCCCAGAAGUGGAUGACUUCCUGUUCAGCGUCUCCAUUUUGAGCGGGAUCCUCUGCAGCACGCUGGCCGUGCUGAAGUUCAUGCUGGGGAAGGUGCUGACCAGCAGAGCGCUCAUUACCGACGGAUUUAACUCCCUCGUGGGAGGCGUGAUGGGCUUCUCUAUUCUUCUGAGUGCGGAGGUAUUCAAGCACAACUCGGCGGUCUGGUACCUGGAUGGCAGCACAGGUGUGCUCAUCGGCCUUAUCAUAUUUGCCUACGGGGUCAAACUUCUCAUCGACAUGGUGCCCAGGGUGAGGCAGACGCGCCACUACGAGAUGUUUGAGUGA